AUGGAGCUACGUAAAUCUGAGUCGAUGGACGAAAUUCCUUCUCUUCUCAGUACCACAUCUCAACUUGACCAAGAAGGAGACCCUAGCCUUUCCUCCGACAACUCUACCGAUUCUGAUAUUUUCCAAUCCAAAAGGUAUAAGUUCAUGUGUGAAUAUUCUGUAGUUACUAGUGAAUCUAACAAAAUAAAAAAAUUCAAUAUCUUUGUCGAGACGGUCAACAGUAUUCCUCAACCUCAUCAUAGAGCCAAUAUGGUCUGCUAUGUAUGCGAUGACAUGAGGAUAUUCCAGGAAAAUGGUGAUUACGACACACGUAGCAGCAUCCUUAAUCAAAAAUACCGAGGCAAAGAAUACUGGAUAGAAGGUUCGAUAUUUGACAAAUCUCACAGACCUAACGUUACUCGGACACGGUGGAUAAAACCUGUUCUUGAAGCUGCUCGUGAAGGUUGUUGUCUUUGUACACUUGUGGUUCAAGCUGUAGCUGCAUUGGGCAAAGGCCACUUCGAAGAUUCGCCCCUCAGCGUAUGCUUAAAGGUGAAAGACAUUGGUGGUGUCCAGAGGUAUUCAAUAGGACAGAGCCAGUGGGAAAGACCGUCUGUUAUUGAAUUAUACAGGAAUGCGUAUGAGCCUACAUCCUGUGGCCUUUCAUUACCAUUUAUCACCACUGCGCAAGAAGUUUCGAACUCCUUGCCUGAAUCCUUACAAACAGCGAAAAGUUGGAUUGCAAACUGCGAAACACAUCGAAGAUGCAAUUUGGAUGAUAUUGGCGGCCUAAAAAUUCCAACACGUGUCAUCGAUGUUGGAAUCUCAAAUGUUUCAGUCAAAUUGAUUGAAACAAAGAACUUAAGCGGAAGUUUUGCUGCUCUCAGUUACUGUUGGGGAGAUUCAACAAUUCUUGAAGACAUCAAACUUACCCAUGCUAAAUUGUCAGUCUACAAGAAAAGAAUCCCCAUGGAUUCCUUGCCAAAGACUUUGUUCGAUGCUGUUAUGAUUACCAGAGAGCUGGGGAUACCUUAUCUAUGGAUCGACUCUUUGUGCAUAAUGCAAGACUCACUGAAAGACUGGCAAAUUGAGAGUUCUCGUAUGAGCGAUGUAUAUAUGUCGGCAUUCUUAGUUUUAGCCGCCACGGAAGCAAGAGACCCUAACGGGGGUUUCUUUCUUGAAAAUCGGACCAAGAGCCUAAAGUUGCCAUACCUUGACGCAGAUAACUGCCAAUACUUUCUCUAUGCACGUAGAAUCCAAACCCAAUUUUCUGUUCAUGAUGCAAACGGGCGGCUUGAAUCACAUGGACUGCAUAAUAGUGAGCUAAGGAGACGUGGGUGGGUGUUGCAAGAGCAAGUACUUGCGAAACGUACUCUGUCCUUCGCAAAGGAUGAGAUGCUAUGGGAUUGCAGGGAGUGUAGCACUUGUGAAUGUCGGACAGGAUUCUCAAACUUCGAAUCAGAAACAAGUUUCCUUAACAUGUAUUUUGAUUUCAAGCUUCAGUCCUCACCGAUUAGGGAAGCUUACAAAAAUAUAUAUUCUAAUUGGUACACUAUGGUCGAGGAUUACAGUCACCGUUCCCUCACAUAUCAGACUGAUAAGCUACCUGCCAUAUCUGGGAUAGUAAAACUCUUGCAUGACAUGACUCAAGACGAUUAUUACGCCGGGUUAUGGAGAAGUCAACUUCCAGACGCAUUCCUCUGGACUGCAGAAAAAUUCAGCGAAGAUGAUACAGAAAGCGAGAAGCGCCUGCCUUCUUGGAGCUGGGCUUCUAUACGCAGUGGCGGUAUAACAUACGAUCAUAAAGAUAAAGAAUUUAAGGCUGGCCUUGAACUCGUCUCUGUGGGUAUUCAAAUUUCCGGCAGCAACGCUUUUGGUGGGGUUCUUGGAGGUAAGCUUGAGGUUAAAGCAGUUCUUAUACCUAUAAACGCGAUGGGCUGCGAGCCAUAUUCGAUAUCAGCUUACGAAGCCACUGAGCCUAAGGAGAAGAAAUGGGCUUUGUGGAGUUUAAAGAUCAGAGUGAAUCUAGAUCCAUAUUAUUAUGAUCCAAAGAAGCCCACCGAAUCUGCAAUUGAAGUCGAGAAGUACGACUCGCUCUUCCUCAUGUUUGUUGGGACCCUAAAAUCCGAAGAGUAUGCCGAGAAUCCAAGUUUCUUGGCCUUAAAAUAUCUUGAAGAAGACGAAAGAGGGAAUUCAAUAUUUAUGAGAGCAGGUAUAGCUCUCGUUGAUGCGUCGAUGAAACUUCUCGAUCGGGUUCGAGCUGGUACCAAAGAAUCGAUCGUUCUGAUUUAG